AUGGGCAGUUGUAGUUUUGGUGAUUGUAGGACAACCAUCCCCAGCUGUUUGCCAAAGGUGAACAUUCCCAUGCAGCGUAAUCCUCUCGGUUGCUUCCAGGUUAUCAGAUGCAGAGCUGCUGUUGCCUGGGCCGUGGGCAAAGAACUCUCUGUUGAGGAGGUGGAGGUUGCGCCUCCAAAGGCAGGUGAAGUCCGGAUCAAGAUUGUGGCCACCGGCAUCUGUCACACAGAUGAACACGUUUUGAAAGGUUGCUUUCCUAAUGUGGAAUUCCCAGUUAUCCUAGGCCAUGAAGGAGCUGGGAUUGUGGAAAGUGUUGGAGAAGGAGUGACCUCUGUGAAACCAGGAGACAAAGUCAUUCCCCUUUGCCUCCCUCAGUGUGGGGAAUGCAGCUUCUGCCUGAAUCCUGAAUCCAAUUACUGCCUGAAAUGCCAUCUCUCUGAACCACAAAACCUGAUGCCUGACAAAACCACCCGGUUCACUUGCAAAGGGAAGCAGAUCCACCACUACCUGUGGGUCAGCACCUUUGCAGAAUACACCGUGGUCCCAGAGUACGCCGUUGCCAAGAUAGAUCCUGCAGCACCUCUGGACAAAGUCUGCUUGCUCGGCUGUGGGUUUUCCACAGGCUAUGGGGCUGCCAUCAACACNAAUCCCACUCUCUGCUCCUGCUUUGGCAGGAAAUAG